AUGAAUAAAAUUCUUAGUAUAUAAAAAAUGGUUGAUAAAACCCCACCUCCAGUAAAACUUCGUUUAGAAUAUGUUUAUGGUUAUCGUGGACAUCAAUGUCGAAAUAAUUUAUACUACACUAACAGUGGUGAAAUUAUUUACUUUGUGGCAGGAGUAGGAAUUGUUUUUGAUCCAAAAUUAAAAAAGCAGAGGUUUUUUUUAGGACACAAUGAUGACAUAGUAAGCUUAGCAUUGCAUCCUGAUGGAAAGUCUGUAGCAACAGGGCAGGUUGGUAAAGAACCUUAUAUAUGUAUAUGGGAUGUUUCGAGUUGUUGCACAAUAUCCAUAUUGAAAGAUAACCAUCAGAAUGGUAUUGCAUGUUUGGCUUUCAACACAGCUGGAACUCAAUUAGCUUCUGUUGGUCUAGAAGAAUAUUCUCAAUUAACAAUAUGGGAUUGGAAAAAAGGCAAAGUUAUAUCAACAACAAAGGCACAUAAUGAAAGGAUUUUUGAUGUCUGCUUUAACCCAUAUGAAGACAAAAAAUUGGUUACAAGUGGUGUAAAACAUUUAAAUUUUUGGACAUUAAGCGGAAAUUCUGUUAUACCUAUUAAAGGUGUGUUUGGUGAUAAAGGUGAUCUGCAAAGUAUACUAUGUAUUUGUUUUGGAACUGGUGGCUUUAUGUACAGUGGAACAUUAAGUGGAGAUAUUUAUAAGUGGAAAGAUAACAUUUUGAUAGAAAAUAUUGUUUCUGCACAUUCGGGGGCAGUUUUGACGUUGUAUACCUCUGCAGAUGGAUUUGCUAGUGGGUCUAAAGAUGGUACAAUUGGAUUGUGGGAUAUAGAGUUCAAACCAAUCACUCGAAUUGAUCUGAACCAGCAUGCUCUUGGUUACAGAGGGAUUUCAGUUCGUAGUGUUUGUUGGAUAGGUGAGAAAAUUUUAUUGGGGACAAAUAAUGGAGAAGUUUUGGAAGUUUCAGCAGCUGACAAAAACAAACCAAUGACUAUUACUGUGGGGCAUGCAGAAGGUGAACUGUGGGGUUUAGCAGUGCAUCCAAAAAAACUUGUUUUUGCUACAGGAAGUGAUGAUAUGACUGUCAGAUUAUGGGAUAUGUCUAAUAAAGAAAUGAUUGCAAAAGCUGUCUUUGAUGUCACAACACGAAGUUUGGCUUUCUCUCCAGAUGGCAGUCAUUUAUCGAUAGGUCAUGGAGAUGGUUCAUUUCGAGUCCUUAAAGGAAGAGAGCUUUCUGAACUGUUUCACAUUCAUGACCGCAAAGAUGUUCUGCAUGAGAUGCGUUAUUCACCAGAUGGUGCUUUUUUAGCCGUUGGGUGCAAUGAUAGCUUUGUAGAUAUAUAUUCUGUACGAGAUAGGUACAAAAGAAUUGGUCAAUGCAAAGGAAGUACAAGUAACAUAACACAUAUUGAUUGGUCAGAAGAUAGUAACUACUUACAGACUAACUCAGCCAGCUCAGAGCGAUUUUUUUUUAAAAUACCUGGUAAGAUUGUAACUAAUACAGAUGAAAUUGAGGCAAUACAUUGGAAAUCCUGGACUUCUGUACUUGGUCCAGAAGUUAAUGGUAUAUGGGAAAAGUACUGUGAUACAACAGAUAUUAAUGCAACAGACACCAAUUUUCAACUAGGGCUUAUUGCCACAGGGGAUGACUUUGGUUUAGUGAAACUAUUUAGAUUCCCAUGCAUUAAUAAAGGAGCUAAGUUUCGAAAAUAUGUUGGCCAUUCAGCUCAUGUGACAAAUGUUAGAUUUUCAUAUGAUGGUUUGUAUCUUGUUUCAACUGGUGGUGCAGAUCAUGCAAUAUUUCAGUGGCGUGUAGUUUCCGAAGGAUACAAAGAAGAUAAUUUUAAUUUUGAAAUGGUUUCAGAUGGGCUUUACUAUGAUUCAAAUGAUGAAGCUAGUGAUUCUGAUCUAUCUGAUAUCAAUCCUAUAGACAGUGAUAUAGAGCAGGAAAUAAGUAUUGAUUAUGAUCGUCAGAUUUACAAAGAAGAUCUUCCUAAAAUACAGAGAGAACUAAAAUUAUCCACAGAAUCUAAACAACCGCGCCCUUCCCCGCCUGCUAAAAGCAUUAAACUUAAUCAUGUUUUUGGAUAUCGUGGAUAUGAUUGUCGAAACAAUUUAUUUUAUACACAAUCAAAUGAAGUUGUUUAUCAUAUAGCUGCUGUAGGUAUUGUUAUCAAUCCUAUUACAAACAACCAGCGUUUCUAUCUGGGUCACGAUGAUGACAUUUUAUGUCUAACAUUGCAUCCUAUAAAAGACUAUGUUGCAACUGGCCAGAUAGGUAGAGAUCCAACCAUUCAUAUUUGGGAUAUUGAAACAAUGAAUGUUUUAUCUAUACUUGCAAGACAUCAUAUUCGAGGCGUUUGUGCAUUAGAUUUUUCUGCUGAUGGUAAAAAGUUGGCUAGCAUUGGUUUAGAUGAAGAUCACAGCAUAGUGAUAUGGGAUUGGAGGAGAGGUGAAAAACUUUCAAUUGCAAGUGUCCAUAAAGAUAAGAUUUUUGAAGUACGAUGGGACUCAAACAAUUCUGACAAGCUUGUAACUGUUGGUAUUCGUCAUAUAAAAUUUUGGACUCAGACAGGAGGUGGAUUGAUACAUAAACGUGGAAUAUAUGGAAAAGUAGCUAAACCAGACACUCACCUUUGCGUGACUUAUUCGAAAUCUCCUGGGAUCAUUGUUUCAGGUGGUUUAAGUGGACUUAUCUAUGUUUGGAAUGAGGAAUUGUUAAAGUCUACAGUACAAGCCCAUCAAGGGCCAGUGUUUGCGAUUCAAGCUCUUGAAAAAGGUUUUGUCUCAGGUGGAAAGGAUGGGUUAGUUUGUUUGUGGGAUGAUGUAAUGAGUAGGUGCUUAAAAAGUUAUAAAGUUAAUAAAGCUAAUCUGGCAUCUGGUCAGUCUAAAGAUGUUUUAGUCUAUGACAAUCCACCAAUACGUGCUGUCACACUUGGACAAGGAAAAAUUCUUAUUGGUACAAAAAAUGGAGAAAUUCUUGAGAUUGAUAAGGCUGGCCCACUCACUUCUUUAGUUCAGGGUCAUUGUGAAGGUGAAUUAUGGGGGUUAGCACAACAUCCUAGUGAAAAUUUUUGUGCAACGAUUGGUGAUGACAAAUGUUUGCGCAUUUGGGAUAUUUCUAAAUAUCAGCUCUUUAAAUUAAAAAUAUUUGAAAAAUCUGGACGCUGCGCUACAUACUCUCCAGAUGGUCGUGCAUUAGCAGUGGGUUUUGUUGAUGGCAGUUUUACUGUAAUGAACAGCAAUACAUUAGCUGAUAUUUGCAACUUUCAUCAUAGAAAAGAAGAAAUUUCUGAUAUAAAGUUCUCUCCAGAAGAAGGCAAAUAUUUGGCAGUUGCUUCUCAUGAUGGCUUUGUUGAUAUAUACAAUGUUUUUUCAACUAAAAGAGUGGGGAUAUGCAAAGGUUCCUCAAGUUACAUUACUCACAUUGACUGGGAUACUCGAGGAAAGUUGAUUCAGGUCAAUAAUGGAGCAAAAGAAGUGCUUUAUUUUGAAGCUCCACGCGGUGUGAGGCAAGCUAUUCCGUCUCUACAGUUAGACAAUUUGAAAUGGUUUUCAUGGACUUGUGUUUUGGGUCGAGAAUGCCAAGGAAUAUGGGCUCCACAUUUUGAUGUGUCAGAUAUUAAUGCAGCACACUUAUCUUCUGAUGGAACAUUGCUCGCAAUUGGAGAUGACUACGGAUUUUUAAAGUUGUAUGAUUUUCCAUGCACAGGUAAAAAUGCAAGAUGUAAGAAAUUUAAUGGCCAUUCUGCUGAUGUUUGUAAUGUACGUUGGACUCAUGACAGUUCUUUUCUUUUAUCAGUUGGUGGGGCAGAUACCUCCUUAAUGGUAUGGAAAAGUUUAGAUGCUAUUGAGGCAUGCACUCAAAAUGCUUUAGAAUCUGAUUCAGAUUCUGAGUUUGAAUCAGGGUAUGAUAGUGAUGUAGAACGUGAAAAAAAUAUUGAUUACCUGAGUAAAAUUUACACAAAUCCUUUAAGAGAAUCAUCUGGCAAUAAACCACAGUUAAAAGAAGUUCCAAAUGAGGAAAAAAAAAAGGUGAAUCGUGGUGAGUCAGAGAAAACAGUCAUACCAAAGAAAGAUAAAAAUGCAGCUCCAAUUGAUGAUCUUAUACUUGAGUUUGUUUAUGGAUAUCGAGGUUUUGAUUCAAGAAAUAACCUUCACUAUUUAACUGAUGGAAGUGUUGUAUAUCCUGCUGCUGGAACCUGUGUUGUUUUUAAUUUAAAUGAAAGCAAACAAAGUUUUUAUGUGGAGCACACAGAUGAUGUAAUUUGCUUGACAAUUAAUAGAAAUCCAAAAUUUAAGGAUGUAAUCGCAUCAGGUCAAAUAGGUGUUAGUCCUUCAGUUCACAUUUGGGAAGCAGGCACUCAAAAAACACUUUCUGUUUUACAAGGUUAUCAUACAAAAGGUAUUUGUGGAGUCAAUUUUAGUUCUAGUGGGCGAUAUCUACUAACUAUUGGUCUUGAUAAUGACCAUUCUCUUGCUGUAUGGAAGUGGAUUGAUGGAACAAAGGUGGCUUGUGGUUCUGGAUCUAAUCAUCGUAUAUUUGUUGGAGAAUUCCGCCCAGAUUCAGAUACAACAUUUGUUACAUGUGGAAUUAAACAUGUCACAUGGUGGAAUGUUACAGGAGGAUCUUUAGUUGCAAAGAAAGGAAAUUUAUCAUCAUAUGCUGGAGAAGCUGUUAAUCAAACUAUGUUAUCAGUUGCAUAUGGACCUAACGAUGCAACAUUUACAGGAGCAAUAAGUGGAGAUGUUUAUAUUUGGUCAGUAAAUUUGUUGACAAGGAUUGUAAAAAAUGUUCAUUCUGGUCCAAUUUUUUGUAUGUUUACAACCGUGACAGAUGGUUUAAUUGUUACUGGUGGUAAAGAUAAAGCUGACCAGAAUAGUUCAGCUGUAAAGUUAUGGGAUCAAGAAAUGAAACGAUGUAAACCUUUUAAGCUUAAUCAAGUUGUUCGUUCAGUUUUCAGGGGGACUAAAAAAGGUACUAUACUUGUUGGAACACAAGACAAUUGUAUUUUUGAAAUAAAUGAAAAAACUGGAUCACUUCAGACAUUAAUGGAUGGCCAUGGUGAUGGAGAACUUUGGGGUCUUUCUUGUCACCCUUCAAAAGAUGUAUUUGUUACAUCAAGUGAUGAUAAAACUGUUCGCAUUUGGGAUAUAAAAUCUAAGUCUUUAUUGAAUAAAGUUGAAACCAGUGUUGCAGCUCGGUGCUGUUGCUUUUCUCCUGAUGGUAAUAAUAUAGCUGUGGGAACAGCAAAUGGGGAGUUUUACAUUCUAGACACUAAUUCUUUGCAAAUUAUAACAAAGAAAAGAGAUAGAAACAAAUCGAUUACUCAAAUAAGGUAUUCCCAAGAUGGACUUAUUCUUGCUGUUGGGAGUGAAGAUAAUUCUUUAGAUUUCUAUUCAAUAAAACCGACUUUUACACGCACUGGAUAUUGCAAAAAUCUAUCAAGUUCUGUUGUACAACUUGAUUUAUCUGUAGAUGGGAAAUACGCUCAGGUAUGUACAGGUUCCUAUGAACACCUCGUAUUUUCUGUGCCUGAUGGAACUCAAAUUACAGAUGAAAUUGAAAUUAAUCGAAUGAUUUGGAUCAGUUGGACCUGCAUUCUAGGAUGUAAUGUUAUUGGUAUAUGGCCAAAAAACUCAGAUAAUGGAGAUAUAAAUUGCGCUCAUUUGUCGCACUCUGGAAAAACUUUAGCAAGUGGCGAUGAUUUUGGUUUUGUUAAGUUGUUUGAUUUCCCAGUUUUGCAAAAAUACACAAAAGGAAAAGAAUUUUUUGGUCACUCUGCUCAUGUAACUAACAUUCGCUUCACGCACGAUGAUAAAUACUUAGUUUCUACUGGUGGAGACGACUCUUGUGUCUUUGUUUGGCGGUGUCAUCAAUGUUAAAUUUACGAGAAAACUGGUAUAUUUUCAAAAAAAUGAGAAACCGCCUGAGAUUAUAUAUAGAUUGUAACGUAGAUUAUAUAUACAAAAUAUGUAAUA